AUGGAUGGUGUUUCUCCUUCCGUGUUCAACUCAAUUCCGAAUCUAAAGCAGCGCAAUGGAGACCUCAAGGCACUAAUUUCAGUCGGAGGGUGGUCAUUUAAUAACCCAGGAACUUGGCAGGGCGUCUUCUCAUCUCUGGUAUCCACCGAGUCAAAUAGAGCUAAGUUCAUUCAGAACCUUCUCGGAUUCCUUUCACAAUAUGGUUUUGACGGCGUUGAUUUCGACUGGGACUACCCUGGUGCCGACGAGCGUGGUGGAAAUGGUGGUGAUACAGUCAACUAUGUGGCUUUACUCAAAGAACUGCGUAUUGCUGUUGGCGCAGAUGCCCACGAUUAUAUCGUAACUGCUACGGCACCAAUGUCUUACCACUACCUUCAAAACUUCGACCUCGCAAAAAUGGCAUCCUAUGCUGACUGGAUUAACUUCGGUAUGAGGCCACUGUUUGAAAUUAUCUAUAAUCUAACAGAAGUUGGGUUUGCCUUGGAUCUUGCCUGGCGUGCUGGCGUCGAUCCAUCCCAAAUUGUGAUGGGACUUGGUCUAUACGGGAGAUCUUUUAAAAUUACGGAUGGCUUUUGCUCCCACCCUGGAUGCCAAUUUGCAAGCCUAGGGGAUCCGGGACCUUGCACUGGAUUAUCCGGUAUUCUCUCUCUUCAAGAAGUAUAUGAUGUGCUUGAUCGCAAUGGCGCUCAGCCGAUCUAUGAUCAUGAGGCAGCCGUCAAUUAUAUAGUCGAUAGCUCCAUGAACUGGAUAUCGUAA